GGGGAAUGUGUGUGUGUGUGUGUGUGUGUGUGUGCUAUUUAUGAAUGUGUUUGUGUAUGUAAGUAUAUAUGUGACCCUGGACCACAAAAACAGUCACAAGUGUCAAUUUCUUAAAGUGAGAAUUAUGUUAACAAAUAACUAACACAUUUUGUAAGGAUAGAAUAAUAUUUGGCUGAGAUACAACUGUUGAAAAAAUCUGGAAUCUGAGGGUGCAAAAACAUCAAAAUAUCGAGAAAAGUCACCUUUAAAGUUGUCCAAAUGAAGAUCUUAGCAAUGUAUUUUAAAAAUCUAAAAUUAAGUUUAAAUAUGUUUACGGUAGGAAAUUUGCAUCUUCACGUAGUUUUAUAACAAAGUUCGGGAGAAGCAGUCGCAGUUCAUUAACCUGAUUAACACAAGUGGAGACCAAUCAGUAAUCAACUCAUGACAAGGCAUAAAUAACAGCAGAACCUACCUCUGUUCAUUGACAGUUUUCAGCAGUCAACAGCUCUUCAGCUCUCCUCUCUGCAAACCAUGUCGAAAAAACCAAGCUCUUCAUCUGAUGAAGAAGUGAACAUCGCCAGGUAUGCACCUUCGCAUUCCGAAGGCCACACGACCAUCCUUCCUACGCCGGACGUCGCACCUGAGCCCCAGGCUUCUCCUCGCGGCCGCACACCGGCCUGAUCAGACCUGCGCUCACCAAGACGCCGAGGCCAGCCUUCACCACCCCUGGCAAGACUGCCAUCUUCUCCAGCAUCCUCCUACCGCUCGGCCACCCUGACGAUCCCACCUAUCGGGAAAUGGACCGUAGCUGGAUUAAGGAAAGCGCUGAAGAAUGCAGACAUACAGGCUUCAAGGAAAAUGCACAAAGCGGAGCUGUACGAUCUGUAUGUCUCGUUACAAGCAACACCUAAGACAACCCACAGACCAAGCAAAUCCCGCACUGCCCGAAACUCACCGGUCCAGUCCCCACCGUCGGGUUCCCGCACAAGAUCCGGCUUGCUUCAUCAAUCGACCCGGAGGAACAAGCAUUAAGCGAGCCUGGGCCGCCCCCCUCAGUCCGCCAGGGCAGGUUCACUUCCUGAGGAGGCCCAGCCCUCCACCACCGCUUACACCGCAGCAGCGCAGUAUGCCGCCGGGCCCAGCAGCCCCCCCACAGCUACUCACUCAGGCACUCCCGCCGUUUAUAACCCUUUUCCCUUUCAGUGGCCUCCAGCUCCUCUCGCAGACGCUAGCGCGAAGCUACUGACACUGACGCGGGCCCGCCCCCGCCGGCAGCUCAUGCCUAUAAUCCUUCCUAUCACCCUUCCUUUCCUCCACAUCAUCCAAAUAAUUUUUCUCUUCAAACUUCAACAGGUCAUCAAAGUGCGAGGCCUCCGAUGACAGUUACAGACCCGGCGCAUACCCUCCCCAGCUAUUCACUCCAAACUAAAAACCAAUACUCUCUUUCCACAGCAAUACAGAUGCCCAUUCUGUCCAAUGCUGUCGAAAUGGAGCCACCUCACGUGUCACAAAACAUCCUGGCACAGAUCCUCGCAGGUAUGGACGUAGAUCUUUCAUCUCUACUCUCUCUGCUACCCGCAUACCAAUCAGACAGGCAAAUAGACUGCGGGGACUUCUCAGUCACUUUAAAAAAUCCAACCACCCACUCAUCCCGCCUACUGUCAUUUCCUGAAUUAACCAUCGCUUUCGCUAGAUACACAGAAAUUAUCUGUUCAGCUUUCCCCCCACAGGCGGCACAAACUGAAUGAUUAUUUGGCUAUAAUAGCAGAGCUCGCGCUGUCCUAUGGGAGCAGGCAUUUCUACACCUAUCACAAACUCUUUUCAGCUAAGAGUGCAGUAUGAGUCGCCCAGUGGAACCAGUGCACAUACUGGGGGGCUCUCGACCAGGAUCUCCACAGCAGAGUAUUUCUGGGCUGUAAAAACAUUUCCUGUGCAGUUGGCAGGUCAGUGGCACACUCAACCAUGUUGUGCCCCCAAGUUAAUCCUUCUGUUCCACCCUACUCAGUAACCAGCCCAGUGAUAUCCACCAGCUAUGUGCCACGUCCUGCAACAGCCUUAGCUAAUCAAAGAUUUAAAAACCCCUCCUUUGAAGGAAUCAGGCAGCCCUGCAACCAGUUUAACGCUGGUAAAUGCACCAAAUCGCGCUGCCGGUACCUACAUGUUUGUAGUUUCUGCGGCAGCGCUCAUGCCCGCUUCGUGUGCCCAGUGUACAAAUCUGCUAAUAAAAAUUCAAAAAAUUACUCAUCGACUCCUGUAAAUAUUUCACGCAUGCACGCUGAACUAGCUCAUCAUCCGGACCCCGAAUUUACCAAAUACCUGCUGACAGGCCUCGAAAACGGCUUUAAACCCGGCGCAGAAUGCCCGCUCUCACAGAACACUAUCUGUAAUAAUCUUCAGUCCGCCCUAACAGAACCUUAAGUCGUCGACAAUCUGAUUAAAAAAGAAGUCGAAUCUGGUUUCAUGAUCGGCCCUUUCGACACUCCCCCAUUCAACACGUUUCGUAUCAGCCCCAUCGGAGUGGCUACAAGAAAAUUUUCGAGUAAAAAACGUUUCAUAAUCGACUUAUCGGCCCCGCAUAAUUCCCCGUUUCCAAGCAUUAACAGCUUAAUUCCUCUCGGUGAAAGACAUAGAUCAAGCAAUCGACAUGGUUAAAAUCGCAGGUCGGGGUGCUUGGCUCGCAAAAAUCGACAUUACUUCAGCCUUCAAAAUUAUGCCUAUCCAUCCAGAUUAAUGGCAUCUUUUUGGAGUGCGCUGGCGUGGGAAAUACUACUUCGCCGUACGCCUAACCUUCGGAGGCAAAAGCAGCCCAAAAAUUUUCAACAUGCUAUCAGAAGCAGUUUGCUGGAUCUUGUCAAAUAAUUACGCCCCCCCGAAGCCAUACACGCCGCCCCCUCGGUUGGUUUCGGAGGAUUUUACCAAGGUCGCUGGUUCGCGUCUCCUUGGCCACCACAUUUACAGGACAUACCUCUAUCCUCUGCGUUAUUUGAGAUCUACCCCAUAGUAGUAGCAGCCUUUCUGUGGGGAAAAGAAUGGACCACUAGCAGCAUUCUGGUGCAUUGUGACAAUGAUGCAACAGUGCAUUGCAUUAAUAAAGGCCGCUCUCAUUCACAGGCUAUAAUGCCUCUUUUAAGACGCCUCACCUGGAUCUCAGCGUGCGACCAGUUCAUCUUAGUCGCCAAACACGUUCCGGGCUCAGAAAAUCAAAUCGCUGAUUCUCUCUCUCGCUUUCUGUUUCAGAAAUUCAGGAUGCUGGCUCCAGGGGCGGACAAUUUCCCAACGCCCGUUCCUCCAUAUUCAGAACUGAUAUUACCGUAACACAUCCGCUAAAACCCCUCCUCGACACAUCACUCGACACAAUCCUCCAAGCAGUUUCCCCCACAACCCUACAAACCUACGUGAGCGCGUGGAGAUGUUUUAAAUCAUUCCACGUAUCCUAUAAUUUACCAUUCCCAGACUUUUCUCUCCUCACAAUCACUUCAUUCAUAUCCUACCUUAACAGCAUCAAGAGCCUGCAAGUCGGCUCUAUCAAAGGGUAUCUGAGUGGCAUUCAAUUUUUCCACAAACUGAUAUACAGCGCCCCCUCACCUGAGAUAAAUAAUUCACAAACCUCCCUCUUAAUCAAAGGAAUUCAACGAUCCCAGCCAAACCGUCCCGACACCAGACAACCCAUAACAUUAGAUAUCCUCACCGGCAGCGGCUCGCCCAUAGAGGGCGCUGGGGCGCCGACCUCCCUGUCAGUUUUUAUUUUUAUUUAAUUUUUUAUUUAAUAAUAAUAAGCUUUUAAUAAUCUCUCAUUUUGAAAAAUAAUCUGUGUUAAUGACAUGCUAUUAAUGGUUUUACUUUAGAAUGUGUUUAGAACUCUCCAGAAUGAUAUUUGCAUUCACUUCAUGUUGGUGUAGUCUUCCCUGGGCUCCAGUUCGCUCAGUCCUACAGUGCUGGAAUUUAAGCCAAUGGAUACCCUGUUGCUACGCAAGAAAGUUUAUAUUUUGCCAAUCAUGGUCGUCUAAUUUUAUGGUUUGGGGGCUCUGAAAAUAUAGCCCGUGAUUAGAGCAGUGCACCUGCUGCACCACGGGAUAUUUACCUCAGAGGAGUACGAGUGCAGUAUGGAGGCGCCGAUGAAGUCGAGUAGCUUUAAUGAAGUCGUGGGAGUUGAGCUAGCCCCAAAUUCAGUUAAAUCUCUACACCUGUAUCCAUUUGAAAGAAGAACAUUAGCGGAAAAACUAAUUGUAAAAGAACUCGGACCAGACAAGCCAGAAGUGAAUAUAACCCAACAGGCACGAGAAAAGGAGAAAACCUACAAGAGAUCAUUUUCCCGAGGUUGGUUCAAUCGAAACCUUUGGCUUACUAGCUGUGGUUACGCCAAUGCAAUCUUUUGCUUUCCUUGCUUACUGUUUAAAUCAAGUGCUUGUGAUAGCUCGUGGACACAGACAGGGGUAACAGACCUGAAACAUAUGUCAGAACGCAUUAAGAAACACGAACGGGCAAGAGUGCAUAUGGACAACUCUGUGAAGCUAGCCAUGCUAGGCCGAAUUAGCAUAGCCACACAGCUAGAUGAGGGACACCGCAUUGCGAUAACAAGGCACAACGAAGAGGUGGACAGGAAUCGGCAUAUUUUGUCAAAGAUCAUUGAUGCCGUGAAAUUUUGUGGUGCCUUUGAACUUGCUUUGCGUGGUCACGAUGAGAGUGACGCAUCAGAAAACCCUGGCAAUCUUCCUGGGUCUAAUUGAUCUCAUGGCCUCAAUCGACCGCGAGUUGGAGGUGCACCUGGAGAACGCCACUGUGUUUAAAGGCACUUCGAAGACCGUGCAAAAUGAACUGUUAGACUGCAUGUUGUCAGUUCUCAGAGACCGCAUUCUGGAAGAGGUGAAACAGUCGGACUAUAUUGCCAUUCAGGCAUACGAGACAACCGACAUAUGCACUCAUUGCCAGCUUGUGCUUGUGUUACGGUACAUAGAUGGCCACAACAACAUUCAAGAACGCUUUUUUGAGUUUAUCGCGCUUCCAAAUGCGACCGCUGAUACGAUUGCCACUGCAUUAUUGGAAAGACUGAGCACCAUCCUUCCUGUGGGACAAGAGGGAAAAUUAAUUGCCCAGGCCUAUGAUGGUGCCGCAGUGAUGAGGGGUGCUUCUGGUGGAGUGCAGCGUAAAGUGCAAGACGUCUAUGGGAGUGCAUAUUACGUUCACUGUUAUGCGCAUCAGUUGAACCUCAUUAUGCAGCAGGCAACAUCCCACAUCCCAAAGAUCGGACAGUUUUUUUCAGAUGUAGGGGGGUUUUCUACAUUUUUGAUGCCAUAUCGAAGAGAGAGGCCUGGGGUUGUAUGAGAAUGUUGGAAGAUGAGGUUUUCUGUUUCAUCCUGGCGUUAUUCCACAAAAUCAUGCCACAUGUAGACAUGCUGUUUAACCAUCUGCAGAAGAGGAACAUAGACUCUGUCUUCAUCGCAGGGAUCAUCCAGAGGUUCACUCACAGCAUUCAGGCCAUCAGGGACUCCGUUCCUUCUCUAGUUGAGGAUGAGGAGUAUAGGGGACCUGUACAGAAACCACCCCUGAAGAAACGGAGGGCAAUGGGAGAAGAAACGCAACAGCAUCUGGCAAUAGAGGUAUGUGAUACCAUUAUGAGCCAUGCCAAGGAGAGGUGUUCUUUCACCAAUCAUCUCAUCAGUGCCACUCUGUUGCAAGGAGACUUGUUUCCACAACACAGCAGAAAGUUCCCGGAUUCAGCACUAGGAACCACGGUGGAUGCCUAUCCCAUGUUGGACAAAGCCAGACUUAAAACAGAACUGUCCCUGAUCUAUGAAAAUGAGGACUUCCAGGGUUGCAGUGGUGCACUGGCUCUCUUUCAGGUUGUAAUGGAAAAUAACCUUCAAGACACAUUCACCGAAACUGUAAGUCUUCUCAAGAUCCUCAUCACCACACCAAUGACAACAGCAGAAUCAGAGAGGUGCUUCUCUACUUUAAAGAGGAUACAGACUUUCCUUAGGAACACGAUGGCACAAGAUCGCCUCAACGCUCUGGCUAUGCUCUCUAUAGAGAAAAAACUCACACGGGACAUUCCAGAUUUCAACACAAGGGUCAUUGAGAGAUUUGCCACUCAGAAAGACAGACGAGCAAAGUUCCUGUACAAAUAAGAGUUCUCCAUCCCCUUCACUCUCACUCACACAUUCACUCCAUCUACUUCUCUCAUACACAAAUCUAACUGUCACAGACACCAUAUGUUAGUCUCCCUCUACUCUUUACUCUCUCUCUCUCUCUCUCUCUCACCCUCCCAUCGCUCUCCAACAGAUUACAAGCAAUAUUAUUGAUUAAAUAAAAAAAAAAUAGAAUUUAGUCAUUAAAUUAAUUCCUUAAAAGUUAACCAUUUAAAAUGAGUAAAAUGUACACAUUUUUUUAAACAAAUAUCUGAAUUAAAAAAUCUUUCUUUUUUAUUGCCAACAUUGAAGACACCUGAUGUUAACGAGCAGAGUUAACUAACUUCUGAGUUUAACUUUAGUAAUUAUAGCAGCACUGGCCUAGUACAACAUAAUAUUUUUAACUUUCACAAUGUAAUCCAUUUUAUGAUGUUAUAAAGCAUGUUGCAGUGCAUUCUGGGCACAGAACAUGCUUUAUAAUUGUCACCAUUGUUGAGAUUCACAGGCUGAUUCUUGAUGUCUGUCUCUCUUUUUUGUAUAAGAGAAACUUUUUAGAAAUUAUUUGGAUUACAUUGUAAAUAUAGCGUAUUAUUCAUUUUU